AUGCGACUUCUUCGUUGGGCUUUUCUUCUGGCAUCGGUUUCCGCCAAUCUGAAAAUUUGCGACCUGCCGCUAGAUUUAGGUACAACACCAACCAAUGGAACGAAGAAAGAACUACGGUACCACUUUGACCCAAAGCUUCAUAUCAUUUUGGCAUUUGGGUACACUGGAUCCGGUGGAAAUGCGAAUAACUUCAAAACAAGAACAGGGCCAAAUGUACAAUGAUGGAUGAUUUUCGUUGUGCCGCCAAUAGCAAGAGUCUCGGUGGUCACUGUCAGAUAGAGGGAGUUCAAACGUAUGGCGACAAAUAUAGAUUCUUACGAGGGAUUCCAGCAUUUGACUGUGGUAAAAAUGGAGUUUGUUUGAGUUCCCCGUAUUACAACUUUUGCUGCGACAAGAGGAUCGAAGACAAGUACAAUGCUGACUUUGAUCCAAAAUGUGCGAGAGGAACAAAAGUGGUGAAGGAUGGAGAAUCUGGCUACAUUCUUCGUGGCAAAAGUUGCAAAUCGAAUUUCUGUCCGGAUGGUGCCACAUGUAUGGAGGGAAAUUAUUUUGCAACGUGUUGCAAUUGA